AUGAUUAUGCAGAGCAAAAUAGAAGCUUGGAGAAAAUACUGCACAUCAAAUAGAGAAAUAUUUGGCUUACCCUAUAAGAUCGCUCGAGAUAAGCUUUUCCAGCCUGCAUCAACGUAUCUUUCAGAAUCAUCACUUGCUGGGUCUAGCCCAAUAGAAAAUACUAUUAAUGAUAUUCUAGCAUCAGUUCUUCCUCAGGAUGAUAUUACAGAUGACUCCCCAGAGCACUUGUCAAUUAGGCAGCAAACUUCUAUUCCUAACACAGAGGAUGAUCCACAGAUUACAAUUACAGAAAUUAAAACCACUCUUCGAAUCCUUCAAGGAACAGGACUUCGGAUUUUCCUUAAGGACGUAACACUGCCACCUAUCCCAAGCAUUCAAUAUUACACUGAUGGAUCUAAAAUAGAUCAACAGACAGGCUGUGCCCUUGUAGCCUUUCAUAAUGGUCAGUCAAUUUAUCAGUGGCUGGGUCAUCUCCAUGGAAAUAAUAGUGUAUUUCAAGCGGAGGCCCUAGCCAUCCUCAAAGCAGUUCAACACUGUAAAACAAGUGGUGCUAUGGAGGCAAUAAUUAUCACUGAUAGUCUUUCGUCGCUUCAAGCGAUUCAAAACCCCAGACAUUCUUCUUCGCUUAUCUCGGACAUCCAAUGUGAACUUCGUAAUCAAGUGGGAAAUAACAUCACGCUAGCUUGGACUAAGGGCCAUGCUGGGGAUCACGGUAAUACUUUGGCAGAUAAGUUAGCCAAAUCAGCUGCCGAAAAUACCGAUGCCGAGGCUGAAGAAGUGAUUCUUAAGUGGCCAACAUCUCACUUAAAACGAGCUCUUCUUUUAAAAGUUAUAUCCCAAUGGCAACUAGAAUGGGAUACUGAUGAAACUGGUCGACGAACGUACAAUCAUAUUACGUAUGUGGAUCAAUGUCGUCAGAUAACAAAUCAUCAACUAGUAAGAUAUAUUUCGGGGCAUGGUCCAUUUCCAAGCUACUUUUACAAGCAUGGAAUUGCAAAUAGUGAAUAUUGUGUCUGCGGAACUCUAGGCAUACCUGAACAUUAUAUUACUACAUGCCCGUUAACGGAGGAAUUUCACAUUCCUUUCCCUGUGGAUAAUCAACUAGCAUUUAGGCAAAAGAAAAAUGGCCGAACAGCAUUUAUAAUGAUGUCUACAAGACUUGUUAUCACAGUUAAUGUUAUACACAUAACAGAAUGA